UCCUGGCCGGCAUGUUCGUCCCAUGCGACCGCGGCGGGGGCUCCGCUGCCCCCGACUUUAAAGGCUUCACUCUGCUCAUGCCAGCAGUGUCUGUGGGAAAUGUUGGUCAGCUGGCAAUAGAUCUGGUGAUUUCCACACUUGACAUGACUAAAGUUGGUUACUUCUACACCGAUUGCCUGGUGCCAAUGGUUGGAAAUAACCCAUAUGCAACAGCAGAGGAAAACUCAACGGAGCUGAGUAUAAAUGCUGAAGUGUACUCGUUACCAUCAAAGAAACUUGUAGUUCUGCAGAUCAGGUCUCCUUUUAUAAAGAACAAGUACAGGCCAUUCUGUGAAACCCUGCUUUCUUGGGUGAAGAGCAGCAAAUGUGCCAGGGUUGUCCUUCUGUCCAGCAGCCACGCGUACCAGCGCGAUGAUGAGCAGCUUCUGGGGACACCACUACGCUACCUGCUCACACCUGAUCUGGAGAAAGCAGUUGGAGGCCACAUGAAGGAGCUAAACUGGAAAGAAAUGGAAAGAGUAGCGGCUUACCCUGGAAUAAGUGAUACAGAAAAAGUUCUGCACAUACCUGGGGGUGGCAUCACAAAACUGUUGUUUACUGAGAGCUGUUCAGAGGGAAUCCAAAUGGCAGUUCUUCUGAAAUUUUGCUCAGAAGGAGACAACAUCCCUGAUGCAUUUGUUCUUGUUAACUAUCUUAAUGAAUGGCUCCAGCUAAUUAGAAGUGAAAGCAACAAUUCCACAGAUCCUUCUUCACAGUGGAAGAUACCGAGUUCUUGGCGCUUACUUUUUGGCAACGGUCUCCCACCUGCCCUCUUCUGAUCAGCUCCGAACUCGCUGUGAGUCACGUGUGCGGUCACAGAUGUCCCUUGAGGUGGUGAUUACACAGUAAUUGCC